ACUCGGUGGGCUUCUUCUUCCUUCCUUUGUUCCCAACAAAAUUUCAGGAGCUUAACCCUCUUGAAUUCCAUUAACCGAACAGAAAAAAUUAGAAACAUUUUAACGGAUUCAGGAGCUUAACGGGAAGGAUGGAUGUAAAAGUAGCGACAACAACGACGUCGUUUCAUUGGUCAGGACACUCUCUGGUGAUCCCUCACCGUUUACCGUCUCUCUCGCAAACCUUAACAUCCUCAAAACGUCGUCGUUUUCGUCGAAGAGACGGAGAUGUAUCUGUUUUAGAAGGAGGAGGAAUGAAAGCUUCCACUUUUCUCGGAACCCAAUCUGCGAAACUCCACCGAUCCAAAUCCUGCGAGCUUCUAGAAUUCUCCUCCACGAAGAGUAAACUUCAUCCUCCUCUCCGGAGAGUUUGCAGCGCGACCUCCGACCAAGAGUUCUCCGCGAAGAUGCAAGAACUAGCUCUACAGUUCAAGAUCACAGGCCAAGAAGAAGACCUAAACCGUAGAAACCACAGGUUCGGCAACGCGAAGCUGCUGCUACACGAGUCCGUUCCAGGUUUAGCCUCGUUGGAGGCUCCGUGGAUGGAGAUGGUUAACCACUCGAGCAUCGAGAGCGUCGAUCUGCCUCUCUCCCUUAGGAUGAUCAAGAGGAAGCUACUACAAGAAGAAGAAGAGUCGCUCAAAGAAGAAGAGUCUACUAAUUCUAUCGACAGAGCUUUCUCUUCUAUGGUCUUUAUGAUCGAGGAGAUGCACAGCUUCGCGUUGCAGAAGACUAGGGAGGGUGUUGUUCUCAAGCAGGUUAAAAAGGAUAUGCACGCUUCGUUGCUUUGGAUGUUCCAGCGCGUGUUCUCUCAGACGCCUACGUUGAUGGUGUACGUGAUGGUCCUACUUGCCAACUUCACGGUGCGUUCGGUUGCGUCGAAUCUAGGUGUUGCAGCAGCAUCACCACCGGCUAGUACUAAAGGCCAAGAGCAGAUGGGUUUAGGAAGUUUUGAAAAGAUCUCGCACUUGUUGUCUACGCAACGAGGGAUAAGAGAAGAGGAGCUUAGUCUGUGGAACUCGAUGGUGGAAGAAGCUGAAGAUUCCCCUGUGGAUCACGACAUGAGGCUGAGACUUGUUUCGCCCAUCAUUGCGAGUGUUGCAUUGGACGAUAAUGCCAAUUACGCUAGAACGGAGCUUUUAUAUAAGAUGGGUUUGGCUCAAGAACCGAACAACACUUUGCUCUUAGCUAACUACGCUCAGUUCCUUUACCUCGUCUCUCAAGACUACGACAGAGCGGAGAAGUGUUUCAAGAAAGCCAUGGAGUCAGGAGAAGUAGACGCGGAGGCCUACAGCAAAUACGCCAUCUUCCAGUGGAAAGCUAGGAAGGAUCUAUGGGCGGCUGAGGAGAACUUUCUAGAAGCUAUAUCUGUAGACCCUACCAACUCCUUCUACGCUGCCAGCUACGCUAACUUCCUCUGGCAAACCGGUGGUGAAGAAACGUGUUUCCCGUUAGGAUCUUCUGAUUCUCCUCAGGAAAUCGCUUGAGAGAAUGGUGUGGGGAUUUGAUUAGCAGCAAAAUCUGCAGUAAAAGAGAUAGUGGACAGAAGUUAGAUAGACGACAGAAACAAAGAGGAAAACUGUGAGCAGUGUUUUUGAGUGAAUCAGUGCUGCUAAUGAAACAUUGCUCCUCUUUGCUUCUGUGUUUGUUUUAUUCUGCAUUUUUUUUUACCAACUUAGAAGUCCAUACGGGGGCAGAGUCCACCACUGAUACUGGAUGGGAAUGUGGACAAAAUAAGAGACAUGUGUAGAUACAAACAGUUAAUAAUCAUCGAGCAUUGCUUUUUUCA